UUCUGAAAUAAUCUUUCUGAUGAGCUUUUCAACGAAGUAAUUGACGAUCCCAUUGAGCCAAAAAUGGAAUCUUCCAGUGAAAAUCUUGUCAAAACUCUUUUAAGGAACCCAUCUUCCAUCAAAACAAAGUCACAAGCUAAGCAACUCCAUGCCCAAAUAGUGAAAACAAGAGGGUCAAGGUCUGUUUCACUUGCCACCAUCAUUCUUGGCAUUUACUCUGACCUUAACCUUCUUAAAGAAUCUUUAGAAGUUUUCAACAACUUUCGUUAUGUACCCACUAAAGCUUGGAAGUCUGUUGUCAGGUGUUACUCUUGUAAUGGUCAUUUUCGUGAUUCUUUAGCUUGUUUUGUUGAAAUGAGGGGUUGGGGAAAGUUGCCAGGUAGUGAUGUUUUCCCUUCUGUUGUAAGAGCAUGUACCCAUUUGAAGGAAUUGAGGGUUGGUGAGUCUGUUCAUGGUUGUGUUAUCAGGUUUGGUAUGGAAUCUGAUCUUUAUACUGGGAAUGCACUCAUGAAUAUGUAUGCAAAAUUGCAGGUUUUGUCGCAUGACUAUCAUGUGUUUGAUGAAAUUCCCCAGUCAGAUCACGUUUAUAGUCGCAGAAGCAGUUUGACUCAAGAUUCUGAGAUUGGAAUUCUGAGAAAUGAGUUGAUAAGAAGUGAAAAAAGUCAUUUUGAGUCUUUAAGUGGACGGAGAGUGAAAAAUGCUACAGGAUUAGAUAGUGUGAGUAAGAUUUUUCAAAUGAUGCCGGAUAAAGAUGUUGUUUCGUGGAAUACUGUGAUUGGUGGAAAUGUACAAAGUGGGUUGUAUGAAGAAGCUCUGGAAAGGUUAAGGGAGAUGAGCAAUGCCUAUUUGAAGCCCGACUGUUUCACUUUGUCAAGUGUCCUUCCUGUCUUUGCGAGGCAUGUAGAUGUCUUAAAGGGAAAAGAGAUUCAUGGUUAUGCAAUUAGACACGGGUUUGACAAAGAUGAGUUUAUUGGGAGUAGUUUAAUUGAUAUGUAUGCAACUUGUACCAGGGUUGAGGAUUCUUAUAGGGUGUUUAAUUUAUUAUCAGAAAAGGAUGACGUUUCAUGGAACUCAAUAAUAGCAGGAUGUGUGCAAAAUGGUACUUUUGAUGAAGGGCUGGGACUGUUUAGGCAGAUGUUAGCAGCUAAUGUCAAGCCUGUGGAAGUUUCUUUCUCAGCUAUACUGCCUGCCUGUGCUCAUUUGACAACACUACAUCUGGGGAAACAGCUCCAUGCAUACAUAAUAAGAGUGGGGUUUGCUCAAAACAUGUAUAUAGCUAGCUCACUUGUGGACAUGUAUGCCAAAUGUGGGAAGAUAAUGACUGCUAGAUGUAUUUUUGAUAGGAUGGAGAUACACGAUUCAGUUUCAUGGACGGCCAUAAUCAUGGGGUAUGCAUUGAAUGGUCAUGCCCGCGAGGCCACUAUUCUUUUUGAAAAUAUGCAACAUGAUAAGAUAAAGCCCAAUGCUGUGGCUUAUCUAGCUAUUUUAACUGCUUGCAGCCAUGCUGGUUUGGUUGAUGAAGGUUGGAAUUAUUUUACAAGUAUGAGCAGAUAUGGUGUUUCUCCUGACCUCGAGCACUAUGCUUCUAUUGCAGAUCUUCUUGGUCGCGCUGGAAGAUUAAUGGAAGCUUAUAAAUUUAUCAAUGACAUGCCUAUAAAGCCCACCGGGAGUAUUUGGGCUACGCUGCUAUCAGCUUGCCGAGUUCACAAAAAUGUUGAACUGGCUGAAAAAGUUGCCAAAGAAAUGACUACAGCUGAUCCUGGGAACAUGGGACCUUAUCUGCUCUUGUCAAAUAUGUAUUCAGCAGCUGGGAGAUGGAACGAUGCAUCAAAAUUAAGAACUAAUAUGAAGAUGAAAGGAAUGAAAAAACCACCAGCUUGCAGCUGGAUAGAAGUUAGGAACCAGGUGCAUGCUUUUGUCUCGGGAGACAUAUCUCACCCAUGUUAUGAUCAGAUACAUGUAGCACUAAGAGAUCUUUAUGAACGCUUGAAACAAGAAGGUUACGUUCCUCAGAUUAGUGAGGCACUACAUGAUGUUGAUGAGGAGCAAAAGAGUGAUUUGCUGUAUACUCAUAGUGAACGGCUUGCGAUAGCUUUCGGCAUUAUUAGUACACCUGCUGGGACAACCAUUCGCAUAAUUAAGAAUCUCCGUGUAUGCGUAGACUGUCACACAGCCAUAAAGUUCAUAUCCAAAAUUCUGGGGAGAGAUAUAAUUGUUAGAGAUAAUAGUCGAUUUCACCUUUUCAAAGAUGGGAAUUGUUCAUGUGGAGACUACUGGUGAUGGUAACUAUGGAUUUGUAUCCAUAAUGUAG